UGGCUAACGUUAAAUGUGCCUGAUUUAUAUGGUUCAUUAGUAGGGAUGUUGCGGCGUCCCAAGCCAACUGACUCUGAGGCAGACCUCCUGAGAGAGCAGGAGCAGUUUCUGACCUCCGGUGCCCUGUCUGCUGCCUGUGUGGUCCGCCGACCUGACAAGAGGAGAGGCGAGGCUGGAGGAGAAGGAGGGGAACCUAACGGGGAGGAUGAAGGAAGACAGAGGGAUGUUGUCACCAUAGAAGAUCUUCCAGACCAGCUCCCGUCUCUGACGCCAGCCCCUCCGAAGAAGUCUCGUUUUAAAGCCAGCCGUGUCACUUUUGAGGAUGAGGAUGCUGAGGAGAGGCUGGACAGACAUGACACUCACAUCAGUGCUUUUCUCUCCAGGAUCGUUGAGAGAGAUACCAGCUCUACUCCAAUAUCUCUACCAGCACUUACAGGAUUGGCUUUCCCCAAAGUGUUGCACCGCUCAGAAACCAGCAGUCAGGUGCCACUGUCUUCAGUUGGUGGAAAGAAGAGUAUCUUUGCGCGUCAGAUUGCAGCUCAGAGACUUAAGGAGGGAAAGACAGGUUUACACUGUGCACCUGCAGCUGCUCAGACACCUGAGCCCAGUAUGGAUACAGACCAGUGUGAUGCUGCAGAGCCAUCUGAAGUCUCAGGUCCCAGACUGGUGUCUGGUCAGGGGCUUGAGGGCCCAGGAAGCUCAGAAGAGACCGCAAGGAUCCACAUGGAGAACCAGGCUAAGCUCCAGAGAAUGUCUCAGUCUGAGAUACUACAGGAGCAGAAGAAACUCUUAUCUCAGCUUGAUCCUAGACUGGUGGAGUUUGUUAGAUCUCGCAAAGCCCAGAGCGUCCCGAUCUCCGCCUCCCCAUCUAAACACCCCCAGGGCAAAAGCAGCAAGGAAAACUUUACUCUUGAAAAUGUGAGCAGAGAGUCAGACUCCUGCAGUGCUGCUGUGCUGUUUCAGAAACCCCAAGAAGUAGAAAUGGAGGGAGACGAGGAGGAGGAACUGCCACCACCAGCUGCUGUGACAGGGGACAAACUGCCGGUGAAGCCUCAGAAGGAAUGGGUCCACAUGAAUAAGCUGGAGCGAGAGAAGCUGGAGUGGAUCGGAGACCUGCCUGCACCCAGAAGGAAAGGAACUAAGAAGGCUAUGCAGGCUCGGUUUGACUUUGCGGGGACCUUGAUUCCACCCACUGAGGAUCUGCCCACCCACUUAGGCCUGCAUCACCAUGGAGAGGAGCCUGAGCGGGCAGGUUACUCCCUGCAGGAACUUUUCCUGCUGUCUCGGAGUCAAGUCAACCAACAGAGGAGUCUGGCCCUCAGCACUCUGGCCAACAUCCUCUCAAAGGCACGUGCUGGUGAGUACCUGACUGUUCUGAAAGGCAGCGUGAUGUCCACUCUGCUCGACGCCGGCCUGCUCUUCCUGCUCCGCUUUGCACUGGACGACGGCGUGGAGGGAGUGAUGUCUGCAGCUGUGCAUGCACUGAAAGCACUUCUUGUGUGUGCAGAGGAUGAAGAUUGUUUGGACUGCACCUUCUCCUGGUUUCGUGGCCUGGCCUCCUUCCCCCUGCUGCCAUCUGCUCAGGAGGAGGAAGAUGAGGAGGAUGAAGGGCUGCCCGAAAUUAUGAGGGAAACCGCUAAGGAGAAGGAAGAGAGGAAGACUGAUCAUGACGUGGCCAGCCAGGAUGUUAUCAAAGGUCUGUUAAAGAUGAAACUGCUCCCCAGGCUACGUUACAUCCUUGAGGUGGUCCGACCUUCUCCUCGAGUGGUCCAGGACAUCUUGGAGAUCCUGACGCGUUUUGCAAGGCACUCGUCCUCUUCUGCCACUCAGGUGCUUGACUGUCCUCGCUUGAUGGAGACAGUGUUGUCAGAGUUUCUUCCCACUUCCUGGACUGCGCCAUCGCCGGCCCUUCCUCAGUCUGUUUACGGACUCCCACUGGCCAGCGCCAUGAAGUUGUUGAGAGUAUUGGCUACAGCUGGCAGACAUGCCUGUGCCAGACUGUUAAACUCUCUUGGAGUGAGGGAGCGUUUGUCUCAUCUGCUGAGUGCUGAGCCCAGUGAGCUGCUGCUGGAGCCGACUGAGGCCGUGAGGAUCACCACUGAGGCCUACAGGCUGUGGGCUGUAGCAGCCGGAUAUGGGCAGGCCUGCAAGUUAUACACAGACCUGUAUCCAGGCUUAGCAAAGGCCUUACAGUCAGUUCACAGAGUCCUGGACCCCUCAGAUCCUCUGUUGCCUCUGCAGCUUCAGCGGGUCCUGGCUCUGCUUUCCCUGCUCACACAGGUCACACACACUGCUGGCUGCCAUCAAGAGCUACAGGCCGGCCUGGUCAGCUCUCAGGGAGAAGAGUGCCCUCCUCCUCCUCCAGUGUCAUGGGGUCAUGUCACAGGGUUGCAGGCAUCCCUGUUGGGGCAAUUGAAGGGCUUUGUGAAGAGCCUUGAUAAUUCAGUCCAGAAAGAGAGCAGCCUCGCUGUGAUACCAGCUUACUUGGUCUACCUAGAAGCUUACUACCAUCAGCUCUCCAAGCAGAACUGUUUCAAGCCAGUAGAGACGCUUCAAGAACUGGAGGUGCUGACGUCUGAGGUUCUCCUCCCCCUGCUGUCCCACCAUGUUGUUCAGGGCCUGAUACAGAACCUAAAGUCCUCCUCAGUAGUGUGUAAUGUCCAGUCUGGUCAUCUGGGCCCAGAGACUACUCCCAGCCUCCCUGGUUUGGCCUGCUUAGGAUGGAGGGACCGUCCGGGGUUGGUUGUUCCCAGCUCCCCCUUCCCUCUUCUCACAGGUCUAGGGCUCCUCCUGGGAACAAUCACGGGCAUCCACAAAGGUCUCAGCCGCAAGUUCACUGGCCUCCUCCUGUCAGAAGCUGUGAUUGGUUACCUGCGAAGUUGCAGUCAGGCUACGCCCACCCUAUCUCACACCAGAGCCUGGCUUCUCCGUCAUGAACACCACCUCCUUUACCUGCUGCUCCGGCUGGCGCACAGACUUGUUCCUGUUGAGCCACAAGUAGCCAGGCAUGCCUCUCUGUACCACCAGGUGGCGCUGGUGCUGCUGCCAUGGUUAUUACCAGGGAGUGAGUACCUGGCACAUGAACUGCUGUCCACCAUCAUCUUCAACAAGGACUUUAUAUCGGAGGCCCACAGUGGAGGGCCUGAGGCUGUAGAACUGGGAGAGCUGAAACUCCAAGAGAAAACGCAACACCCCACCUCCCCCUCUCUCCAGACCGUUGGAGCGCUCCUGAGAGAAGCCUGCGUCCAGCUGGCGUCCAUACGAGGCUGCUUCCUAACUCACCUGGCCCACCUGGAGCCAUCCGUGCUGACGUCCCGAGACGCUCUGCUCGGCCGCAACCCCUGGAUCAACUCCCAUCUCCUCCCAGAGCUCACUGGGCCCACCGUGCCGUCAGAUUGGUCUUUCCUCCCGCUCGUCAGCCUGUAUGAGCGAUCGGGAGUGUCUGACGGUGGAGGGUUGGCGGUGGAGGAGCUCCCACAGGGGGCUCUGCAGGCGGUGACCCACUGUCUGCAAUGGCUGCUGCUGCUGGAGGUCUGGAGGGAGGAAGCACUAAAGGUGAUCCUUCCCGUUGCCAAGCUCGCCCGCCUGUCCUGUGCGUUCCUGUGUUCCAGUGACUUGUUCCUGGAGAGGCCUGUUCAGAGGCUGACCUGGGGUCUGUUCAGGCUGCUAACCAGGCAAUCCCGGCUGGACUCUUUGGAUCUGAACGUCCCUCCUCCAGGUCUAGCCUCUUUCCAGGACUUGUACUCUGCUCUUUUGACCCAGUAUGAAGCUGUGUCCUUUGGAGAUCGUCUGUUUGGCUGCUGGGUCCUCUUACCCCUGCAGAGGAGGUACAGCGCCAGCAUGAGGCUGGCUGUGUUUGGAGAACAUGUGGGGAUACUGAGGUCACUGGGAGUCACUGUGGAACAGCUCUCCAUCCCAAUCGAGCGCUUCACGUCUCCCCCUGAAGACUCCCUCCCUCUCCUACGCCUCUAUUUCCGCUCUUUGGUAACGGGGACCCUGAAGCCUCGCUGGUGUCCUGUCCUAUAUGUGGUUGCCUUGUCUCACGUGAACUCCUUCAUCUUCUCGCAGGACGCUGCAGCACAGGAGGUUGAAGCAGCUCGAAUCAGCAUGCUGAGGAAAAUCUACUACCUGAGUGACGAGGUGUUGAGGAACCACUUGCUGCUCUUCCGUCUACCACAACAGCAUUCAGAGUUUGGUUUCGAUAAGUAUGAUCAGUUGCCACCCAUUAGGGCGAAACGUUUGGAGAGUGUCCUGAGACUGCAGGACAGCAGUGUUGACAAAGGAGACUGAAGGCAGCAGGGAGGGGACAAAUAAAGUUUAGUGAGCCAAAAACACAGGAUACAGAGGAGGGACUGUAUGGGACUGAGAGCAAAGAGAGGUUGGCAGUGAGAGACAAAGUGAGACAUUCAUUUCAACUUCCAAAUGUGUCUCAUCAAGAUCAGCCUCGGAUCAACAGCCAUCAUGGUCCCAAGAAUAUGUUUCUGGCCUCUUUUCUUAAAGGAAACUCAACCUGAGGUAGAUCUGCCCAACCCUCAAUAAAGAAGCAUUCGUAAUUUUUUUCUGCACUUAUUUGAACUUGCUUCAAGCAAAGUAAAGGUAGAGUUUUCAUUCUAACAUUCUAAAUGUUUUACAAACUAUCAGUGGAAAUGAUCUCUGGUUUUCUGAGGUGGCUUGAACCUGCCUGAACUGAGACACAGCCAGCCAGACCAACCCAAAGGUUAAAUACAAAUAGUAAAAACUGAGAACAAAUGCAGUGGAGCACAGGUCCCUCAAAUGUUUCCUGUAGGCAAACAGGAGAAAUUCAGUGUUUUCACUGGUAUUUGUGUCUGAUGAACUCGAAAAACAGACCAGGACAAGUUUUGGUAUCUCAAAGUAAAGACAAAUGACUUUACAAGUGCCUGUAAUUGUCUUUUUUGUGUGUCAAUAAAAAAUGAUUUCAAGUA